AUAUAAACCCUAAGCUUCCAAGCUAAGGCAGGACACUCUAUCGCCGAGUGAAAGCAGCCAUGGCGAUAAUCUCUGAAUAUCAAGAGGAAGAGGAGAAGCCCUCGACGUCAACGCCGCCAUCCAAGACGGUUUCGUUUACCGGGAGCUUGGAUCCGUCGAAUCCUGCAGGGUUUCUGGAGAAAGUCUUCGACUUUGUCGCGAAAGAAAGUGACUUUCUUGGGAAGGCAACGGCGGAGAAGGAGAUCGCAGCCCUGGUGAAAGCGGCGAAGGAGAAGAACAAGAAGAAGGUGGAAGAUGGAGCUCCAAACACUGAGGUGAAGAAGGAGGCGAAAGUAGAGAAGGAGGCGAAAGUAGAGAAGGAGAAAAAGAAAGAGGUGAAAGAGGAGAAGGAAACGAAACAGGAAGAGAAGCAGGAGCCAAUGGAGGUCGAUAAGAAGGAGGAAACCGGCUUGAGAGUUCCAAACAAUGGCAAUGGUCUCGAUCUUGAGAAAUACUCUUGGACACAGACCCUGCAGGAGGUCACUGUUAAUGUGCCCAUCCCUAAGGGAACAAAGUCAAGGUUUGUUGUUUGUGAUAUAAAGAAGAACCAACUAAAAGUUGGAUUGAAGGGCCAACCUCCCAUAAUUGAUGGGGAUCUUUAUAAGCCUAUCAAGGCCGAUGACUGUUACUGGAGUAUAGAGGAUGAAAGCUCCCUCUCUAUCCUUUUGACAAAGCAUGACCAAAUGGAGUGGUGGAAAUCAUUAGUGAAGGGAGAUCCAGAAAUUGACACUCAAAAAGUUGAACCAGAGAACAGCAAACUCGCUGACUUGGAUCCAGAAACACGGCAGACUGUUGAAAAGAUGAUGUUUGAUCAGAGGCAGAAAGCCAUGGGUCUACCAACCAGUGAUGAGAUGCAAAAGCAAGAGAUUUUGAAGAAAUUCAUGGCCGAGCAUCCUGAGAUGGAUUUUUCAAAGGCAAAGUUUGCAUAAGCGAGUGUGUUUUGCUCAGUGUCUACCCAGUUGAUCGCAUAGUUGAACUCUCCCUGUUUUUUUGGUUUGUAACCUUCAUCGGAUCAUCAUACCCAGGAAGCGUGAUUUGAACUUUGUCAUAUUAGAUGUUUAAAAAAUUUUUGUUGACUCUUGUGACAUUUCAGACCUGGGUUAUAUCUUAUCAUGGUCCUAAUUUCUUUUCUACAUUGUAUAUUCUCAGUGCUUGUUUGCUACCUUUCUACACAUCCCUGGGUUUUACGGCAAAAAACUAAUGGCAAUCAAGGGGGCAGUAUUAU